AUGGCGCUACGGAUGGCAAACGGAUGGUGGGAGGGGGCCGAAGAACGCCCUAAGACCAUGGAAGAAAGGUUAAACAGCUGUUGCCGCGGAGCAACAAUAAAGGAAUUCGGUUUUUACAUCGUCUCUGAGACCACGUCGAUCGGCCGCGGUAGCGACAGGGCCGCCAAUCGAACAAUACGAGAACCGGUUGCCUCCACCACAGAUUAA